CAGUGGAUCCACCGGCUGAGGUCCGGCUGCUGAAUCCCUCUGGCGGAGUUUGUGCAUCGCUCUCGCAGACCAGGCACCAAGUGCAGCAGCAGUCCACGUCCGGCGCACCGCACCGCACCGCACCGCAGCCUGCCUCAGCACCUCACCCGCCCGCAAUGCCCUUGGACCGGCUCGCUCCGUCCGCCUGCGCAGCGCACUGACCAGCCCCGGUCUCUUCUGCGACGUGUCCCGGACCUAUCGUGGCGCAGCGUUGAAAGUCAUGGGGAAGCUCCAAGGAUAACAGGGUGCGGGGGGAUCGCCACUGCAGAGGACCUGCCGGUAGUUUGCAGCCCAGCAGCAGCAGCAGCAGCAGCAGCGGGAGGAGGAGGAGGAGGAGGAGGUUGCCUCUGGUGUCAGAGGCUUCAGCGUCGCAUCCGCUCUUCUGAUCACUUCAUAUCGCCUUGAAUGGAUACAUCAUGGCCACGUUUAUAUGCAGAGUGCAGUUCUUAGAUGACACCGACCCGUUCAACAGCACCAAUUUCCCAGAGCCCACCAGACCGCCUCUGUACACCUUCAGGGAAGACAUUCCUCUGAUCAAUCAGAUAGCUGGAGUCCACAGGCUGCUGAAAGCCCCACACAAGCCGGAUGACUGCGCCCUCCAGCUGUCCCACAAUGGAAGCUAUUUGGAUUUGGAGUCCACCCUGGCAGAGCAGAGGGAUGAACUGGAGGGAUUUCAGGAGGAUGGCGGAAGGGGCAAGAAAUACAGCGUUAUUCUUCGAUCGCAGCUUUCGGUUAGAGUUCAUGCCUGCAUUGAAAAACUCUACAAUUCUACAGGACGGGAGCUACGGAGGGCCCUUUUUUCUCUGAAGCAGAUUUUUCAGGAUGACAAAGAUUUGGUUCACGAAUUUGUGGUGGCUGAAGGACUGACGUGUUUGAUUAAAGUGGGAGCUGAAGCGGACCAGAACUACCAGAAUUACAUCCUCAGGGCUUUAGGUCAGAUAAUGCUGUACGUGGAUGGCAUGAAUGGCCUCAUAUCUCACAAUGAAACAGUCCAGUGGCUUUACACCUUGGUCGGAUCAAAGUUUCGUCUGGUGGUGAAGACGUCCCUCAAGCUGCUGCUGGUGUUUGUGGAGUACACGGAGAGCAACGCCGCCCUGCUCAUAAACGCUGUGAACACUGUGGAUAGCAAAGGAGGUAAAAAACUUUGGGCAAAUGUCAUGGAGAUCCUUGAGGAGAAGGAUGGAGUCGAUACCGAGCUGCUGGUGUUUGCCAUGACGCUCAUUAAUAAGACUCUGGCAGCCCUUCCAGAUCAGGACUCCUACUAUGACAUGGUGGACUGUCUUGAGGAGCAAGGCAUUGAAGCCAUGGCCCAGAGACACCUGAGGAGAAAGGGCACUGACCUUGAUCUGAUCGAACAGUUCAACAUCUACGAGAUGAUUCUUCGCCACGAGGACGGCGACGACGACAAAGCCCAGUUGCCCCCGUUCGGCCGAAAGGACCGUCGCAGGGCUAGCGUUGGCGGUACCAAUGAGAGACGGGGCCUGGAGAGAAGAAGGAGCCGGAGACAUUCGCUUCAGAAUAACAGAGCGCAUACUUCCAGCCUUGCAUCUCCGAGCAGCUCUCACCCCCAUUCCAGCAGCUUCCUGCCCUUCGGGGGCCAGCGGGUCGAAGACAUCAGCGAAAGAGAAGAGGAAGAUGAAGAAGAGGAGGAGGAGGAGGAGGAGGAUGAGGCAGAUGAUGAAAGCCAGCCAGACACGGAGCCCUCUAGACAGGGCUCUCGCAGUGUGGCUCCAGAUGUAGCAGACACUCCUAACAUGUGUUUGAACUUAAAGUGUAUAGCCCACCUCCUCCCUAAUGCCAGUGACCCUGAAGGACAGAGAGACAUUCUCAGCAUCAAGACCCGGACACCGUCUCCUGUGUCCGUCGCACCUAAAAAGAGGACCUUUAGUCCUUGUCUGACAGAUGCGGCUCCUUCUACAACUAACACAACUAGAGGGCCCUGCUGGGCUGAAAGAAUAAGUGCUAAUGGCGCCACCUUUCCUGGCAGAAAUCAGACUCCCACAUCCCCCAUCCACAGACUCAGUAACUCGACACCCUCCGCACCUGACUCAAAGGCUGACAGCAAAACUGCUAUUGGCAGCUUGCUGACGUCCUCGUACAGGCAGCAUCAGGAAUCUCUGACUGCGGAGAGAGAGAAGAGACGUCUGGAAAGAGAGGAGCGUCUGCAGAGGAUCGAAAGAGAAGAGAGGAAUCGAUUCAAUCGUGAUCAUGUGGAAAAGAGGGAAGAAGUGAGACAAGCCAGAGAGGAAAGGUACAAGGCAGUGGAGAGGCUGGCUGCAGAGGAAUUUGAGCGGGAGCGCCCUCGAGUGCCGACAAGAGGACGAACGGAGAUCACGCUGUGUUUGAGUCCAACGGCAACCAGCCGCUCAGUAUCCCGUUGUUCCACAUCAUCACCCUCCAUCUCACAGGAAGAGCCAGUGAAGGCUGCAGAGCAGAUGUUGGGAGCAGAACGCAUCUCAAGUCCACAGAGCAGAACCAAAAGUCCUGCGCCUGCAUUCUUAGAACCUCCCCAGACACAAUAUCACAAGACUGAGACAAAGACACGUGCAGACGCAGGGAGUGUUGCUGGGCUACAGAGCGGCGAACCUGCCGCAGCACCGCUGGAUGAGAAGGAGCUGUCAGGAAAGGACAGGCUAGAGAAACAAGCGCAGGAGAUUCUUACAGAACAGCAGGAGAGCGUUGAUGAGUUUGGAGCUGAGGAAGCAGAGGCGACCGACGCUUCAGAGGUAGGAGAGCAAGGUGGGAACGUGGACCUGGAGGAGAAGGUGCAGCCUGCAGAAGGGGAGGUGGAGGAUAGUGUGGUGCUGAGUGAGAAAGAGAGACAGAACGAGGAGGUGAAUGAAAAGGACAACUGCUCCGCAUCCAGCAUCUCCUCUACAAGCAGCACUCUGGAGAGGGAGGAGCGGGAGCAGAAACUUUCUAAAGACAACGACUCAGGCCAAUGGACCCAGUGUCUGAAGGACACAGACGUGAACGACCAAUGCAAGAAGAUUCUCAACAACAAGCGCUUCAUGCUGGACAUGCUCUACGCCCAGAAGGCUGUCUCGGAGGAUGACGGAGACGUAGCAGCGUCGGAGAAGGAAAGGUGCAAAUGUGAGAAGGAGACAGAGGCGAGUGAUUCCGUGACCAGUCUGGCCAGCAGGAUCUCCACGCUGGAGGCAAACAGACAGGCCAGAGAGGACAAUGUCAAAAAACUGGAAGUGGGAGAUCUGGACAACCACGGCAGUGUCAGAGCAGUGGCAGAGAAGUUUGGGGAUUUAGUCAAAGGUCUGACCACUCCGCUGGAGAUAGAGGCUCUUAAAGAGCAACAGCAGACGGACAAAUCGUCUGGGUCAGCUCCUAAGAAGGAGUCGGAUCAUAUCUGGGACCAGCUGAUGGCGUCCCCCAGGGAGCUGCGGAUCAAGGAAAUGGACUUCACAGAUCUGAGAGAGGAGGACGACAUGGACAUUUUAGAUAUGGAAGGCCUCAUGCCGUCACCCCCUCCGCCAUGCAGUUCCACCCUCCCACCACCUCCACCUUUGUUUGGCUGUCCCCCACCUCCUCCCAUUCCUGGCCGAAUGAUGCCCCCACCUCCUCCAUUCAUGAUUCCCGUACCACCGCCCUCUCCUCAGCUGGCUCGAGGGGAGGCCCCUCUGUUCCAGAAGAAGAAGAAGACCAUCCGCCUCUUCUGGAACGAGGUCCGUCCUGUGGACUGGCAGUGCAGGAAUCACAAGUUCUGUAAGGAGUCCCUGUGGUCCAAACUGGAGCCGGUUAAACUGGACACGUCCAAGCUGGAGCAGCUGUUUGAGACCAAGUCCAAGGAGCUGUCGGUCACAAAGAAAGCAUCAGUUGAAGGCAAACGACAAGAAAUCAUUGUCCUGGACUCGAAGCGCAGCAACGCCAUAAACAUCGGGUUAACUGUCCUGCCUCCCCCUCGCACAAUCAAGACAGCUAUUCUCAACUUUGAUGAGUAUGCACUAAACAAGGAAGGCAUUGAGAAAAUCCUCACAAUGAUCCCCACAGAGGAGGAGAAGCAGAGGAUCCAGGAGGCUCAGCUGAUGAGCCCUGACGUUCCUCUGGGCAGCGCCGAGCAGUUCCUGCUCACCCUCUCCUCCAUCACGGAGCUGUCGGCGCGCCUGCAGCUGUGGGCCUUCAAGAUGGACUACGAGCUUAUUGAGAAGGAAGUGGCAGAGCCAUUGCAGGACCUGAAAGAAGGAAUGGACCAACUUGAGAAAAACAAGACCCUCAGAUACAUCCUGACCACCCUGCUGGCCAUCGGUAACUUCCUCAAUGGCUCAAAUGCCAAAGGCUUUGAGCUGAGCUACUUGGAGAAAGUCCCGGAGGUGAAGGACACAGUUCAUAAGCAGUCCCUGUUGCACCACGCCUGCUCUAUUGUGGUGGAGAAGUUUCCGGACAGCACCGACCUUUACUCCGAGAUAGGGGCCAUCACCCGCUUGACCAAGGUGGAUUUCGACCAGCUUCAGGACAAUUUGGCCCAGAUGGAGCGUAGGUGCAAAGCAUCAUGGGAUCACCUAAAGGUCAUUGCGAAACACGAGAUGAAGUCAGCGUUGAAGCAAAAAAUGUCCGACUUCCUCAAAGACUGCGCAGAGAGGAUCAUCAUUCUGAAGAUAGUGCAUCGCAGAAUAAUCAACAGGUUUCACUCCUUCCUGUUGUUCCUGGGGCAUCCCGUCUAUGCCGUACGAGAGGUCAGCAUACAUCGCUUCAGCAAGAUCCUGAGCGAGUUCGCCCUGGAGUACCGCACAACGAGAGAGCGCGUGCUGCAGCAGAAACAGAAGAGGGCCAACCACAGAGAGAGAAACAAGACCAGAGGGAAAAUGAUAACAGAUAGUGAAGAUGACAAUGACUGUGAGAGCGGUAAAUUUGGAGGUGCAUCUUCAGAAGCACAGGAGAGCCAGUCUCAGGGUAUCCAGAGCGCUGACGAUGCAGCAGAGCAUGAAAACAUGAAGGCCGUGUUGAAAACUGGUCUGACGGACGGAGAGAGCUGCACGUCCACAGUGCCCGGCCUGCGGAGUCGUACCCGAGGCGGCAGCCUCAGAGGACGCGUUGCUCCGUGGUGUUCUGCCAGUGACGACCCUGUAAACUGCACAGACGAUACAGCUGAUGAGAUCAUGGAGCGGAUUGUUCGAUCAGCCACUCAGGGGCCCAGCCAGAGGACGCUCCCUCGCGAGAGGAGGCGAUCCCGACUCAACAGGAAAUCAUUAAGGAGGACUCUAAAGAGCAGCUUGACGACAGAGGAGGCGAACGCUCUUGGCUUGUCCAGUGGCGAGCUGCAGGUGUGAGGCAGACCAAGAUCCUGCUGGAUAUUAAGAAGACUGUCGGCCCUUUCACUGCCCCCUCCGCCCCACGCCCCCCCCCCCACCCUUCCGGUCCAGACUGGAAAUCCACCCCUCUCUUCUUGCUCGGGGCGUAAACCACAGCAAGCCUUGGAUGGGUUGUCUGGUUUACGUACGUUGAUACGAGAGACGGGGGUGGGGGGGGAAACCGCUGAGAAAGAUCUCAAUCUUAAACCUGUGGGCCCGAAAAAACAGCUUAGCAUUCAAACCACUAAGCUUGGCUUUUUGCUGGAUGAACACAGAACGACUGCUUUUGCAAGGCUUUAUCCCGGUCAUCCUUCAAAUGCAACGUGCACCCACAAAGGUUUUUCCGCUUUGUUUUGUGCGCGCGCCCGAGGCUGCCAGUGCACGCGUUUCAAUCCCUACGUACGGCCCUCCCUGGACCCUAAAGGCUGAGCCGGCUGCAGAUCCUGAACCCUUAAAAUUACUGUUGGCUGGGGGUCGAACGACAUACGUAGCUGAGCUGAAUGAUAUUUCAUCUAUUGAAUAGAUGGCUUAGUGCUGAUGGAUAUUUUGUUGUAUACUACUGGGGUAUUUUGUGUUUCAUAUUGGUCUGAAAAGGUGUUUAGAUAAGGAACAUUUGCACUGGAUGUAGACGUUGGCUAGGAUUGGAAUGUGAGAUUCUUGACACUGAUGAACCACUCUGACAUCUGAAUCUGACAAUACGCUCAUCAAUGCGCCAGCUAUUCCACAGUAGCACAGUUUUUACAUGAAUAAAGUGGACAGUUUGAAGGCCGAUGUGCAUUAGUUUACAGGUAAAGAAGGAAUUUAUUAGUGUAGAUAUGCUUUUGAAGAAAAGGAGGAAAAAAAAUGUUUAGCGUUGCAUUGUCAGAGCAAUUCUUAAAUAAAAACUAAAACGCUGGCAAGUGUUAAAAGGGGGCAGUCAUAGGUCGUACUCUUUCUAAAGUUGUAUUUUGUAGAAACUAUGAGCUGCAUAAUUCAGUGCCUUGCAGACACAGUUAUUUAUUAAUUCAUGCUUUCAGGGACAUGUGAGCACAUGCUACAGGUGUGCAGCCUUUGUAUUAGAAGAUCAUUUUAAUGUUGGUCAGUGUUUUUAAACCCAUCACAGCAAAAUAGCUUCUUUUUUUUUUGCCUUCAUGAGAAGAAUAUGUAGUUUCUACAACAACGUCAAGCUGGUUUAGAACAUCAUCUAGCCUUUGUGUAAGAUUUGUGCACAUGCAACUAAAUUAAAGGGAAAUGUUAUUAUUGGCCAAGUUAAUCUGUAGUUUGAAUGGCAUUAAAGAAUGUCUCACUUUGUGUCCUUUAAGGAA